AUGGCAAGUGCAAUACCAUCUAUUUUCCCAAAUGCUAUACACAAAUGUUGUUUGUUUCAUAUCAAGAAGAAAAUAGAUGACAAGGGAGGCACUGUAUUUCAAGCAAAUGAAGGCCUGUAUGAGGAACUACAAGAUAUAAUUGACAAGUCCUUGACAGUGCAUGAAUUCGAAACACUAUGGCAGCAAAUGAUAAAUGAGUACAAUGUGGGACAUAUUAAAAUAUUCCAAGAUCUUUGGAAAAGCAGAGAGAAGUGGGUACCAGUUUACUUCAAGAAUCAUUUCUUCCCAUUCAUACAAACAACGGCUAGAAGCGAAGGAACUAAUGCAUUGUUCAAGAAGGGAGUUGGACCACAAUUUAGCAUGACAAGCUUCUUGAGAGAAUACCAAAGAAUAAUGGAUAACAUGCAUGCAAAUGAAAACGAGUUGGAUCAUAAUGCAACUAACAAGAAAGUCAGGGAGAAAAAGUUCAUCACUCAAUACUACAUUGAACGGCAGGCACAUGAGCUGUACAAUUUAGCAAUCUUUAGAAAGUUCCAGCUAGUCCUAAAUGAUGUAACAAGACUCCAAAUAAGAGAAGAUGUUAAAGGGAAGAUGUACUGGGUGUUUCAGGCAGCAAAUUAUCCUGUAAAAGAGCAUAGGCACAGAGAGUACCUAGUACAAGUUAAUGAAGAAACAGAAGACUAUUCUUGCAUCUGCUGCAAAUUUGAUAAAGAUGGUCUUCUUUGCUCACAUAUCCUCAAAGUGAUGUUGCAACUGCAGGUAAACAAGAUCCCAGAUAAGUACAUAAUAGACAGGUGGCAGAAAAGAGAAAGAAAACUUCUGAAACAUAUUGUUCCACCACUAAAUGAGGACAUCACAGUUUUAAGAUUCAAUGUUCUUUCUAGAAUGUUAGGACACACGGCUUCAAAUGGUUCUAAGAACAAAAGAAAAUACCAAUAUUUGCUACAAGAGAUACCAAGACUUGAGGCAGAAAUGGCCAAAAUGGACACAGGCACAUAUGAUAUGUCAGCUAUGGGGCAGAACAGCUCAUCAAGAACAGUAGUCAAUCUGGAUCCUACAGGUGAAAGUGGAACGACAAUACAAUUACUUGACCCAGAUGUUGCUGAUACAAAGGGCCGCCCAAGAUUACUGACUAUAAAGGAAAGGAUUAAGCAAAAUAAGUUCUAUACCUGCAGCCAUUGUGGUUCUACUAAUCACACAAAGAAAAAAUGUGAUAAGUUGCAUUUGGUCUUCAAUUUGCCAAAGAAGAACAGAGGAAAGAAGAAGAAGAAAGAAAAUGAAGGUACACAAAAAAAAGGACAAGAAGCUGAAGCAGUCAAGUCCAGGGACAGAACUCAAGACUGA